GUCCAUUAUCAUCGUUUGUAUCAUAGCGUAAUAUAUAAUUAUAAACACACGCAAAACGCUCUCUCUCUCACCUUCACCUACCCUCUCUGUCUGUGUUGCGUUUGAUCCUCCAUGGCUACUAUUUCCAGGCUCUCAACUCCGAGCCAAGCCGCCUCUGUAUCCUCUACGUUGAAACCCAGAUCUGCACAGCCUAAGAUCUUGAUUGGUUUCUACAGGAGCAGUGAUUUCAACGCCAAAGUUUCGUCUUCCAAAUUAGCCGUGAGGAGCAACCCAGCUUUGAGGGGCCCUUUGGUUGUCAAGUGUUCCAAUGCUGAUGGAAAUGGAACUCCAGUGAAGAGAACAGUUCUUCAUGAUCUCUAUGAGAAGGAAGGGCAGAGUCCAUGGUAUGAUAACCUCUGCCGGCCUGUUACAGAUCUGCUUCCUCUAAUUGCAAGUGGUGUUAGAGGUGUUACUAGCAACCCAGCGAUCUUCCAGAAAGCAAUAUCAUCUUCAAAUGCUUACAAUGACCAAUUCAGGGAACUUGUUCAAUCAGGAAAAGACAUUGAAGCUGCAUACUGGGAACUUGUGGUGAAGGACAUUCAAGAUGCAUGCAAACUUUUUGAGCCAAUUUAUGAUCAAACAAAUGCUGCCGAUGGUUAUGUUUCUGUUGAAGUGUCCCCCAGACUUGCGGAUGAGACUAAAGGGACUGUAGAUGCUGCAAAAUGGCUCCAUAAAGUGGUUGAUCGGCGCAACGUUUACAUCAAGAUUCCUGCUACAGCUGCAUGCGUUCCCUCUAUUAAGGAUGUUAUUUCGCUUGGCAUAAGCGUGAAUGUGACACUCAUAUUCUCUCUUUCUAGAUAUGAAGCAGUCAUUGAUGCUUACUUGGAUGGUCUUGAAGCUUCUGGCUUAAAUGACCUCUCCAAAGUAACCAGUGUUGCUUCCUUCUUUGUCAGUCGAGUAGAUACCCUCAUUGACAAGAAGCUUGAGAAGAUUGGAACCCCAGAGGCCCUUGAUAUUCGAGGAAAGGCUGCAGUUGCUCAAGCAGCCUUGGCAUACAAGCUCUACCAGAAGAAAUUCUCUGGUCCAAGAUGGGAAGCUCUGGUGAAAAAAGGUGCCAAGAAGCAGAGGCUGCUGUGGGCCUCAACCAGUGUUAAGAACCCUGCCUACCCUGACACCUUAUAUGUUGCUCCUCUCAUUGGACCUGACACGGUGUCAACCAUGCCUGACCAAGCUCUUCAAGCAUUUAUUGAUCAUGGUGCUGUUUCAAGGACAAUUGAUUCAAAUGUAUCUGAGGCUGAAGGCGUUUACAGUGCACUCGAAAAAUUGGGCAUUGACUGGAGCGAUGUUGGCACCCAGCUUGAACUUGAAGGUGUGGAUUCCUUUAAGAAAAGUUUUGACAGCCUGCUCGAUACCCUGCAAGAGAAGGCGAACUCUCUUAAAUUAGUCAGCCUGUGAGCGUCAUGGUUGCUUAUUUGGGGCGAUGCAAAGUUAAUAAAACCCGUGGGGUGCUCAAUCCUGCUGUAAAUGUAGUUGAUGAAUGCACUAUAAGACGAUAAGGAUGUAUUUUGUACGAGUACGUUUAUUAUGUGAGGUUUGAUUGCAUCAUUUUCUGAUUUGUAAAGAUUAGUAAUGAUCUAUAAAAUGUUUCAGUGUUUUGGGGGAA